UCAGAAAUUCUCGUUGUUCCUAUCACAUCAGAACUCAGAAGUCACCUUCAAGGCUUCACCGCGAAAUUCAAAUUCAGCAGUUGAAGAAAACUCAAAACCUAGAUCGAUUCAUGCAUGAUUUCUAAAGCCAUUGUGGGUAAACAGUGAGAGCUUUAAGACAUUAAGAUGCAGCGUAUGCCAGCUACCAUUGAGGAACAACUUCUUCUAAAGUCAAUCAAGGAAGACUGCCCUUGGGAGAAUCUUCCGAAACGACUUCAAGCAACUCUAUCUUCUAAAGAAGAGUGGCACCGAAGGGUAAUUGAUCAUUGUAUAAAAAAGCGGCUCCAAUGGAACACUUGCUUUGCUCGAAAAGUUUGCAAAGAAGGCGAAUAUUAUGAAGAGAUGAUGCGUUAUCUGCGAAAGAAUCUAGCACUCUUUCCAUAUCACCUGGCAGAGUACAUUUGUCGAGUAAUGAGAGUAUCACCUUUCAGAUACUACUGUGACAUGAUCUUUGAGGUCAUGAAAAAUGAGCAAGCUUAUGACAGCAUCCCGAAUUUUAGUGCUGCAGAUGCCUUGAGACUUACUGGAAUAGGAAGAAAUGAAUUUAUUGAUGUCAUGAACAAGUGCCGAUCUAAGAAAAUUAUGUGGAAGCUGAACAAGUCAAUUGCAAAAGAACUAUUGCCAACGCAACCUGUGGACUUUUCCAUUGAACCCUGGUGGGGAGUUUGCCUGGUUAACUUCACAUUGGAAGAAUUUAAGAAACUCACCGAAGAAGAGAUGGCAAUGAUAGACAAAGUCUGUAAGGAGGAAGCAAAUUCAUUUAUUCUUUUUGAUCCUGACAUUGUACGGGGCCUUUACCGAAGAGGAUUGAUCUACUUUGAUAUUCCUGUUUAUGCUGAUGACCGUUUUAAAGUUUCCAGGCUGGAAGGGUUUGUUUCCAACAGGGAGCAGUCCUAUGAAGAUCCCAUUGAAGAGUUACUCUAUGCUGUGUUUGUUGUUUCAAGUGAGAAUGCAACUGUUGCUGAAUUGGCUGCAACACUACAGGCUGACCUUUCUCAGCUGCAGGCUGCUGCAUCUUUUGCAUGUCGACUGGGCUGGGCAGUUAAAGUAAUUGAUCCUGCAUCUAUUCUUCAAGAUUCAAGCAUUACUGCAACUCCUAAUAUUAUUCUGAGUGAUGAAGAAGAUGGUUCUCGUGGUAGUAUCAGCUCAGCAAACAUGUCCAAUGAUGGCAAUUCUUUUCAACAAGAUGUUUCAGGGGCAGAAAACUAUGGGCCAGUUUGUGGUCAUGCUCGUGUUGCUUUUAUUGUUGAUGCCAAUAUAACAUCAUAUCUCAUGAUGGGUUCUGUUUCACCUGGUUUGAAAUCUCAUGCUGUAACACUAUACGAAGCAGGGAAACUGGGCGAUGCUAGCAUUGCUGAACUUUGCAAGGAUCUGACAACAUUGGAGGGAACAAAGUUUGAAGGUGAAUUGCAGGAAUUUGCAAAUCAUGCAUAUAGCCUUCGAUGUGUUCUAGAAUGUCUUCAAUCAGGUGGAGUAAGUAAUGAUUCAGUGGUUGAGGAAGUCGGUGCUAAACUGGGAAUGGAAUCUUCGAGCAAUGAUGAGGCUAUUUCUCUUAUAGCUGAUAUUGACAUAACUGAGGAAUCCAGCAAUGCUGGUGGAAGUGAAACUGGGGCAGAUGGUGAUGAGCAUCUUCAGGGUUCAAUAAAUUCUAAUAUGCCUGUGGCUGAUGCUAUAGUUGAAUCUGUUAGUGGAGGUACAGGUGAUGAAUCAGUUUCGGCUGUUUUAUCUGAAAAUAAGAGUGGCUGGAACGAAGAUUGUGAACUGGAACCUAAAUUCCAGACUGAUGGGAAAUCUGUGCUGGCUGACUCUCUGGAAUCUGGAAAAGAAAUUCCAAGGAGGAAAAGAAAAUAUCGUGUUGAUAUUCUUCGCUGUGAAAGCUUGGCUGCUCUUGCACCUGCAACGUUAGACCGGUUAUUUCUUCGUGACUAUGAUAUUGUUGUAUCUAUGGUUCCUCUUCCUUCUUCGUCAGUUUUACCUGGACCUACAGGUCCUAUUCACUUUGGUCCACCCUCUUAUCCAUCUAUGACACCUUGGAUGAAAUUGACACUUUAUUCAGCUGUGGGUGGUGGACCUCUAUCUGUUGUAUUGAUGAAAGGGCAGUGUUUGCGAUUGCUUCCUGCACCAUUGUCUGGUUGUGAGAAGGCCCUGAUAUGGUCUUGGGAUGGCUCUACAAUUGGAGGUUUAGGAGGCAAGUUUGAAGGGAACUUGGUCAAGGGAAAUACACUUCUGCAUUCUUUAAACUCACUCCUAAAAUACUCAGCUGUGCUGGUUCAGCCCCUGAGCAAGUAUGAUCUUGAUGAAUCUGGAAGGAUCAUUACUAUGGAUAUUCCAUUGCCUCUGAAAAAUGCUGAUGGUUCAAGUGCUCAUAUAGGGAAGGAGAUGGGACUAUCCGCUGAAGAAAGUGGAAAGCUAAAUUCACUGGUUGCUGAUUUGUCAAAUAAGAUGGAAUUAUGGACAAUAGGUUACAUUCGCCUCUUAAAACUUUACAAAGUGAGAGAAUCAGAUGCAUUUUCAACUGAUGAUGAAAAGUAUGAAUGGGUUCCAUUAAGUGUGCAUUUUGGGAUUCCACUUUUCAGUCCAAAAUUAUGCAGCACCAUCUGUAAGAGGGUGGUCUUGUCACAAUUGCUUCAAACAGAUUCACUUUCUGAGCAUCAUAAUGGAAUGAAAAGUUUAAGAAGGAGGUUGCAUGAUGUUUGUGUGGAGUAUCAAGCAACUGGUUCUACCGCAAAACUUUUAUACCAGAGGCAACAAUCAAGAGAAUUAUCUCGGCAACUAAUUACCUAUGCAAGUGGAAGGUGGAAUCCGCUUGUGGAUCCUUCUUCUCCUAUUUCUGGAGCCUCAAGUGAAUUUCAGAGAGUAAAACUUGCAAACCGGCAGCGUUGCAGGACAGAAGUUAUGAGUUUUGAUGGUAACAUCCUCAGGUCAUAUGCUCUUACUCCUGUAUAUGAGGCUGCUACAAGGCUCAUUGAAGAUUCACCACCAUUGAAUACAGCAAAAAUAGAAGAAGAUGUUGACAGCAGACAAGUAGCACUGCCAGGGGUUAAUAUCCUUUUUGAUGGAUCUGAAUUGCUCCCAUUUGACAUAGGUGUUUGCCUUCAGGCUCGCCAACCAGUCUCUUUAAUAGCAGAGGCCUUGGCAGCCUCUGCGUCUGUUCAGACAAGUAGGGUUGCAUGAUACAACAUUCUAUUGAACAGCAGAUAAUAUAGAUGUGUAAGUGGAGAGGUGGGCCAGAUGCUAACAUGUGGCAACCAUCAUCAGGCUGGUCUAAUUUCCAUGAUCUGCUUGCUUGGAUCUUGUGGUGCAUCUUUGAGGAUUGGCUGUAGUAAGCAAGCUAUUUUUACUGGUUAAGGUAAAGAUUCGACCCUUGCUUGGAACGAAUCACAAUUUUUGAUAAAUAGAAAGGAUUUCUAGUUUUAGUCAUAUUGUUUACCAUCUAGAAUUUCCCCCAACCCUUUUUUACUUUAUAAAUAAAUUAAAGAAUAAUGUAAUAUAAAAUUGCAUUGUUUUAACGAAAUGAGUACCUACUGAUCUGUAAUCUUACACCCCAAUCAUAUUUCA